AUGGGCGGUACGUUUGCAGACUCACGUGUCGUCAAGAUGGUGUUGGGCAACCCGACCCUCGCAAUUUUGGGAGCGGUCAUUCUUGGAAUCGCGGCAUUUUGGAUACGAAGAAAAGGAAAGUCGACGGCGAGAUUACCGCCACAACCACCCGCGACACCGGUUCUCGGACACCUGCCGGAGCUGAUCCGCGAGAACAAGACGAGGACGUGGCAUUUGCGGCUGAACGAGUGGGCAAGGACGUACGGGCCGAUAUUCGGCGUUAGGUCGGGGUAUAUUGUUGAUUAUUACAUUAACUCCGAUGUGAUGGUUAAGGAAAUCUUCGACAAGAAGUCUGCGCAGACGGCGGACCGUCCGACGUGGAUUAUGUCGAGUACUAUUCUGAACAAUGACUUUAAUGUGUUGUUCUUGAAGGCGAGCGAUCCGACGUGGAAGAACCAACGCAAGGUUAUCAACCAGCUUGUGACGAAUGUCCAGAAGGCUGACGAGAUCAUUCCGUUACUGGAAUACGAGACUUUGAAGUUCCUUCAUGAGAAUGUUACGGACCCAAAAGGCGGUCUUGCUGGCGCGAGACUGUAUCAGGCGAUUGGGAGGUACACGUACAGCGCUUUCGCAACGGCGUUUAUGGGCAUGGAUAUUCCCGAUACCGACGACGCCGUUAUCCCGUUCAUCAUGGAGGCGGAGACGCAAAUCAUCAACACGUUUCCAGGCAUGAACGUCAUCGAUCUGAUGCCGUCCCUCGGGAAGCUACCCAUGUUUUUGAAGCCUUGGGAGAGAAAAGGGCGCGCAAGGUACCGGAGAGAUUUGGCUUGGGCGAUGAAAAGACUCGAGGCUGCCCAAGACCGCCUGGCAAAGGGCGACCCGUCCUUGGAAAACACGUUUUGGGGCUCGGUUCUGAAGUCUGACGAUCUGAGGGGAAUGUCGUGCAAAGAAGAGGUGGCCAUUCUGGGGUUGUCACUCAUUGUCGGAGCUGCGGAUACGGUGAAGUCGGAUGACGACGUGGACAUUCCUGGAAGCGAUGAUGAUGUUUCCCGAAGUCCAAGCCAAGGCCCGCGAAGAUAUUGGCAAGUCCUUCGAUCUCCCGUCUUACGAGCGUUUGGCACAAAUACUUAUGCACGAGGGAACUCAGAUCGAGUCGUCGGCGAGAGGAUACCCGUCUAUGAUGAUCUCAAGAGCAUCCCCUACCUCCGCAUGAUGAUGAAGGAGCUCUGGAGAUGGCGGCCGCCAGUGGCCCUCGGCCAUCCUCACAUUACCGCGCGAGAUCUUCAGGUUGGGGAUUACUGCCUGCCGAAAGGCGCGAGACUUCAUAUCAACGCAUACGCCAUAAGCCACGACCCCGCGAGACACGAGGACCCAGAGCGAUUCUGCCCGGAGAGGUUCAAGGACGACGAGACCACGACGAUGGAAAGCAUGAACCACCAAGACCCGACGAAGAGGGACCACUUUGCGUUCGGAGCCGGUCGACGCGGUUGUCCGGGAUACCACGUUGCUGAACGGUCUUUCGUGAUCACCAUGAUGCGCAUCCUCUGGACAUUCCAUGUCGCUCCGGCGCCGGGGACCAAGUCGACGUUGGAGUUUGCUGACUACGCCGGCGAGUUGCCCGGAAAUCCUGCGGAGGAUAUGCCGGUGAAACUAACGUACAGGAGCGAGAGUCGGAAGAAGAUCGUCAUGGACGUUUUUGAGAGAGAGACUGCGGCCAGGCCGGCCAUGAUGCCGUUGAAUAUGGGCGAGAAGAGCGUACCCAAACCAGAGGAAUAUUUGUAG